UUUAAAAUCUUUGCAGAAAAUCAUUUCAUAUUUAAUCACAGUCAAAGAAUGACAAACAAUAAGUCCUUCAAUUAUUUAUGAAGAACAUGAGUAGGAUCUAUCAUCGGCUGUGCUGGGGACUCUCUCUCUCUCUCUGUCCUCUCUGUCCUCUCUCUCUCUCUCUCUCUCUCUCUCUGUCCUCUCUCUCUCUCUCUCUCUCUCUCUCUCUCUCUCUCUCUUGUCCUCUGUCCUUUCUCUCUCUCUCUCUCUCUCUCUCUCUCUCUCCGUCUGUCAGCUGGCAGCAGGUCAUCAUGGAGGUAGCAGCUCUCUGUCUACUUCUCUUGAUGAAUUCCUUGGAUCCUGGUCGAGCACGAGUCUCUGUGACAGUCACCCCUGAAAAGUCCCAGUUCUUUAAAUAUGACAGUUUCUCUGUGAGCUGUGAGGAGGAGCAGUGGACUGGAUGGAGAGUGAUGAAGAGGAUGGAGGAUGGAGAGGUGAGCCCAUGUCCGUCCCCCUGCUCCAUCACUGCUGCCUUCCCUGCCACAGACAGUGGGGAGUACUGGUGUGAAACUGGACUGGGAACAACCAGCAACGCCGUCAACAUCACUGUCACUGGUGGCUCUGUGAUCCUGGAGAGUCCAGUCCUUCCUGUGAUGGAGGGAGACCGCGUGACUCUGUACUGCAGAGGAAAAGACGUAAUGUCUGCCGACGACCUCACAGCCGACUUCUUUAAAGAUGGACGCCUCAUCGUGACCAGCUCCACAGGAAACCUGACCAUCGGCAGUGUUUCCAGAUCUGACGAAGGACUGUACAGGUGUAACAGCCGUGGACGUGGAGACUCGCCUGAGAGCUGGCUGAAGGUCAGAGCGCCCCCUGCAGGCCAGCACCCCCCAGCUCCCCUGCUCUCUGUCUCAACCCUUCUGCGUCACCUGUUGGUGGGAGCUCCUUACCUGCUGUCCACCAUCCUACUGGGACUCAUAUGCAGAGACAGGAAGAGAGAGUUACAGGUCAAUGAGGCAAGGCCGCCAUCUGAUGAUGUCAUCAUGCAAAUAGGCAUGUAACGACUGAGGUCAUCCCGCGUCAACAUCCCUACAUUUACACACACAUUAAUAUUCCACAACUAAAACAUGACAGCAUUGGGAAUCUGAUAGAGGUUCUGUAAACAGAACAUCCUGAUUGGAUUUAUUUCCAGGUGAGACAUGCUUUGGACAUGUGCACAGCACGUUCAGAACAUGUGUCUCGUGUCUGGAAUAAGGUCAUUGUGUGGCAGUAAACAUAGUGAAGGACAUCAUUGGAUUAUCACCCUAAAAAUAUGCCCUCAAUCAUCUGGUUUUUAUGGUUUUUGGUUUUAAAUUUGUCAAACUUACAUUUUUCAUCUCAUUCUAUGUGUAUCACCCGUGGAAUUUAAUCAGUGUUACUGAUGAGGCUGUGGCAUCAGUGCUGUCAUUUCAC